UAGGGAAAAAGAUGGACGACACAAGUGGCUGUACUUCGCUAACUGCGGAGUCAGACGCUCAAACUAACACUACCAGUACCCCUAACGCGGCUUCUGUCACAGAUGCUGACAAAGUAAUAAACAAUAAAAUAGAUAGUACCCAGGUUGAAGGAAACAAAGCUGAAGAGGAGCUACUGAAAAGUCUCCUCACAGACAGUUACUGCCAUGUGUGCGAGGCUGUGCUGCUGUUUAAAUCACAGCGACUGUCUCAUUAUGAGGGAAAGAAACAUGCUCAGAAACUCAAGGCGUACCUGCAGACCACAAAGGCAGACAAGCUGAACGUUAAGUCCACAGGAGCCCAGCAAACCAUGAGUAAUGAUAAAGACCGUUUCUGUGAGCUGUGCAACAUGGUAUUUAGCUCUCCUGUGGUGGCAAGAUCACACUAUGAAGGCAAAGUCCAUACAAAAAAUCUUCGUAAACAAAAUCUUCACUCAUCAGAGAAGUCUACAGAAGUGAGUACUUUACCAGGUCUCCACCAGGAUCCUGAUCAGUCAGAGCAAAAACCAUCCUCAGAGGGUGUUGUGGAGCAGGCUCUGGAUCCAGCUGUCACAAUUGCUACGUCUAGUGCAGAGGUUGAUCUGAAGGACCCCAGCAAGUACUGUGCACUGUGUACUGCCUCCUUUACCACUGCCCACGUAGCCUUGCAGCACUACAGUGGGCGCAAACACCAGAGGAAUCAGGCCAGACAGGAGCUGCUCAAACAGCUAGGACACGAUGUAGAACAAGCCAACUCCUUCAUGUGUCAGAUGUGUAGUGUGCAAUUUAACUCUGUGGAGAUGUACCAGGACCACAUGCAGGGAAACAAACACCAGAUGAGGGAGAAGAAGGUCGUUGAUCUGUGCAAAUCCCAACAAAAACUCUACACCACGUUUGCAGACGAGCUGGCUGAUUACAUUCAGGUUCAGAAGGCUCGUGGAAUCACCCCUAAGACUAAUCAGGUCCUCCCCCAGGAUGCAACGCAAAAGGAAGAUGAAGAAGUGUUAAAUAGGGAGGAUGUGACAGAACUAAAUAAACCUAUGCCUAGCCUCCCUCCUGCCUCCAUUUCUCCUCAUCAGUCCCACCCUGGUCAUUACUAUCCAGCUCAAAUGGGGUGUUCUUCAUUUCAGGGUCCACCCUUGCCAUCACAUGGCUCGAACUACAGCUAUCCUCCUCCAGUUCUUCGCAACUCAGGUACUCCACCUAGUUGGCCCAAGAAGAGAAGAAGGCACCGACAGUCAAGCUCCUCCUCUUAUACUACUUCAUUGUCUUGCUCCGACUCAUAUUCCUCCUACAGUAGUAGUGAAAGUGACAGUGAUCACAGUGAACACAGGCACAGAGAAAAGAGGAAAAUUAAAACAUCCCAGAGGGACAGGGUCAGGAGAGGAAAGGAGGAGGAGAGGAGGAGGAAGUGCCAGAAGAGGGAAAGAGAUAAUGACUCAGAGGAGAGAAGACUAGAGCAAUCUGUCGAGUCAGAAGAGGAGGAGGAGAGGAGAAGAAAAAAGUUAAAAAUUCAUGGCAAGUGGAGACGAAAAGAAAAAAAAUCCCGCAAGGAGAACUUUGAAGUGGAAAGAGGGGAUAGGGUUAUGGACAAAUUAAAGCCUGAAGACAUGAUGAAGAACAGAAAAGAGACUGAACUGCAUAUUCAGGCUGAAAUUAAUGUUAAGCAAGGGGAGGGUGGAGAGGAUGAGUCCUGUAAAUCCAAAUACAGAAAAGAGAAGAAGAAGGCAAAAGAGAAAAUAGACACUAGGACAGAGGAGGAGAAGCUGUGGGACGACUCUAUUCUGGGUUGUUAAACUCUGCAGGACCAGCUGAACUGAACAGUCUUAUGGACUGCUUUUUGCAAGCAUUUAUCAUAAGCAUGACAGUGAAAAUUAAAAAAAAUAAAGUAUUAAAAUUAUUUAAUUAAUCCUGUCAGCAGGUAACCAAGAACUUUUCUAUAUCUAGCUCUAUUAACUGAAAAAGUGUUUUCCUAUACAACUUUGCUAGCUGGCUAGCCAUGAGUAGUCAGUUUAUAUGUAAGGAACAAAUGCAUUUCCCUGAAUUCAGUGUGUCUGGAUAAGCAUUAAUUUUGUACUAUGACACUUUAUAAUAAGUUUGAGUAUUGUGUACAGCUAGUUGAUGGCUGUAAUGUUUGUCUCUCUUUGUUUAUGAAGUCCUCUUAACUCAUCACUAAGGUAAAUUAUUUUGAUUUGAAUGUGUGCAUUUGGCAAGGAGUUGAUAGAUUGUCAUUCCUGUAGCUGUCUGUGGUUGGCGCUGUUGAGCUUCAUUCAGAUCAUCAGUGUUGCAAAUAAAAGCCCAUACAUGUUG